UCUUUUUNNUUCCCUUUGCCCUUUCUUCAUUUCCAGAGUGCACAUUCUUUCAUAUAAGAACAAAAACAUUCUUCAAAAGAAAGGAGAGAAAAGACAAAAUCUUAUUGAGCUUGUUUCAGUGUCUGUGUUCUUGCAUAUUGAAUAGUUAUAUUUUAGUGAUAUUCAUGUUUGUGAAUUCAAAAGAAAAAAUCUAAAAAAAAAGAAUCUAUUGUGUGUGUGUUUUGAUGGGAAGGGCACCUUGUUGUGAUAAGAAGGGGCUGAAAAGGGGGCCUUGGACCCCUGAAGAAGAUAAGAAACUGGUGAGCUUUAUCAACAAGAAUGGCCAUGGCAGCUGGCGCUCUCUCCCCAAGCUUGCAGGACUCCUUCGUUGUGGUAAAAGUUGUCGGCUUCGUUGGACAAACUAUCUAAGGCCAGACAUUAAGAGAGGCCCUUUUAGCCUUCAUGAACAGAAUCUUGUCAUUCAAUUGCAUGCCAUUCUUGGCAACAGGUGGGCUGCUAUAGCCUCCCAACUCCCAGGGAGAACAGACAAUGAGAUAAAAAACCUAUGGAACACCCAUCUCAAGAAGCUCAUGGCCCACGGGCCUCUACUCAAGCCCGAAGGCCAGCGGGCCCAACACAUGGCCCAACAACCCUCUGACUUUUUCCUCCAGCUAUGGAACUCUGAGGUCGGCGAGACUUUCCGGGACGUAAGCAAGGCCAGCAAAAGCUACGUUUCCACAUCAGAUUCAUGGAGCCCACACGAGGUGGAAAACUCGUACGAGUCCGAAUUGCGUGAGCUGCUUCUCGAUUUCCCGAGCGAAAAUGAUAUGAGCUUCUUAGGGCAGCCUGAUAUUUGUUAUUAUGAUUAUGGCUCUAGCUUUUGUUGAGGGCUCUCUUUGUUUUUCUUUUCUUUUUCCUAUCUCUCAUCUGUCUCACAUUGUAUUUUGCUAUGUGUCCUGCCUAAGGAAAAUAUUUACUUAGUUUGUAUUGCCAUUCAAUCUUUUGAGUAACUGGUGCACUUUUUUUCUA